UUCAACACGUGUAAAGCAGCGACGUACUAGUGCAACAUCCGAAGCAUUUCACCAGAAUAUCGAGAAACCCUCGCCAAAUGAAAUGACUGAGCAUCACGUAAGAGAGUAUGUGAAGAGGGUAGCAUCCAUCGACAUUGAAAACUACCCGGAAUGGGACCUAACGAAGCCACUACCGAAGCUGCCUGUACCGGACCUUAUGGGUACCAUGAAUACCUACCUGACCAUAAUGAGUAGCGUCGUCUCGCCGAAUGAGUUUAGGCGCACAGAAAUAAUGGUAGAGGACUUUUGGAAGGAUAAUGGCUCUGGUCAAAUGCUCCAGCAGAAGCUGAAACAAUACGCGGAGACGAAAGAAAACUGGGCCUAUUCGUGGUGGAUGGACGAUAUGUACAUGAAGGCCCGCCUACCCCUGCCCAUCAACUCCAGCCCAGGGAUGGUCUUCCCAAGGCAGUUCUUUGAGAACCGCAAGCAACAACUCCGGUAUGCAGCUCGUCUGAUCUCCGGAAUCUUGGACUACAAGACCAUCAUUGAUGCAAAAGCGCUUCCGGUGGACCGGUGUCGCCACAAACAGAAGGGACAGCCCCUGUGCAUGGCCCAGUACUACCGGUUAUUUAACUCCUACCGGGUGCCUGGUUACCUAAAGGACAAACUCGUGACCAAGGAGACGAGCAGAAAUGACGCAGAUUCACACCACAUCAUUGUGGCUUGCAAAAAUCAGUUUUUCGUCCUUGACCUUCUUUUGAACUACCAGCGACUCAGCGAGGACGACGUGUUCACGCAGUUAGAGCGCAUAUGCGACAUGGCCGAUGAAGGCGCCGAAACAUGCCAGCCGGUCGGUGUUCUAACAACUUCCGACAGAUCUACGUGGGCAGGAGCGAGAGCAGAAAUGAUGACAGACAUGACAAACAGGGAGUCCCUGAGCGCACUGGAAACGUGCAUGUUCGUGCUGUGCCUCGACAAGAGCAUUCCAAUCUCAUUCAACCACCAGCGCAGUGUGGACGAGACGAGCAUGAACCUCCGCGACGACGUCUCCCUCAGCACGCAGAUGCUGCACGGCCAGGGCAGCAAGAUCAAUAGCUGUAACAGGUGGUUCGACAAAACUAUGCAGUUUAUCAUAUCACGUGACGGUGCAUGUGGCCUAAACUACGAGCACUCACCGGCAGAGGGCAUCGCAAUUGUGCAGCUGAUAGAGCACCUGCUCACAUACAUGCAAGAGGUUCACGAGAAGAAACUGCGUCGAAUGCAGUCUCUAUGUGAGCUGCCUCGCCCUGUACAGCUGGAGUGGAACCUCUCUUCUAACGUAGAAAAUGUCAUAGCCGCUGCAACGGAUUCUAUUGACAGGUGCAUCCAUGACCUCGACCUUUACGUGUUGCGUUUCGAUCACUUCGGGAGGGAAUUUCCAAAGCAAUACAACAUGAGUCCGGAUGCGUUCAUCCAGCUCGCACUGCAGCUAACCUACUUCAAAAUCCACGGCCGGUUGGUGUCAACGUAUGAGAGCGCCUCCACUCGUCGCUUUCGGUUGGGCCGUGUUGACAACAUACGGGCAAACUCGCCGGCCGCCCUCGAGUGGGUUCAGGCCAUGGUCGCCAAGAACGAGGCCUCGUACGAAACUAAGAUGGCGCUGCUACGGAGGGCCAUGGAAUGGCAGACGCAGAUCAUGACCAAGACGAUACUCGGCCACGGUAUGGACUGCCACAUGCUGGGACUCCGAGAAAUGGCGGUCGAGUUGGCACUUCCGAUACCAGACAUCUUCACAGACGACACCUACCGGAAAUCAAACCAGUUCACUCUGUCCACCAGCCAGGUUAACACCACGAUGGAUACGUUCAUGUGCUACGGACCGGUUGUUCCGGACGGGUACGGUGUAUGUUACAACCCGCGCCCGGAUGACAUUAUCGUUGUCAUCUCGGCGUUCAAGUCGCAUGCGGAGACCCAGUCGGACCAUUUCGCGUACACGCUAGAGGGAAGUCUUCUGCAGAUGAGCGAACUGUGCACCAAAAUCAAAAGUGACUGUGACAAUAUUGCGGACAAAAUCAGGAACGUCUCCUUGACCAACGGCUCGGUGGAAAAUACGGGGUUGUCUCCUACAUUAAAUGGAAAAGCUGUUUGGGGACAAACAGACCUCGUCACGGUAUCUAAUGGACGCUACAAGAAAGAUCUCGAAUAGUGACUGUAGGUUGAGAUAUAAAGGCUAAACCUAUAUAUCGUUCAUAUAAGACACAUUCAUAUAAUUUAAUCAUUGUUAACAGAAGAUAAUAGUGUCUUGUUAUUUAAGCAUUUAAGGAAUAGGGUAUUGAUCUAUCAACUACCAUACCUACUGAAGAAUCUUGACGUAUUUUCGGAAACAGCGAGUACAGUGUUCCAACUCCUCCGAUACGAAGUCACUGCAAAUUAAUUCAUUUGAACACACCACACCUUUUCGUGUAUUCAAUUCACGUUGCAGAGUCGGCAUAAAACUCUUUCCGUCUUUAUUUUGUGACUUUCGCGAUCGUGAGCAACUAGUUUACAUGAUUUGGGGGACGAUUAACUUUAACUUGUUUAGAUUUCACAUGUUCGUAUUAAGUACAAAGUGGAUCGCAUGGGUGCUAUUAUUUUCAUUCGCGAUAAAUCCCAAUAACGUUUGCGUAUUAUCAAAAUCUACUCUUUAACUGAAAGUGGUAAAAUGUGUAACUGAGUUUUACUAUCCAAGAUAUGCUUUAUAAAGUUGUGUCUUAAAUUAACACUAUGUGUUCGAUACAAGAAAUGCAUUGGGAAAAUCGUUUAAUUGUAUUUUGGAAAUUAAUCUUAUUAUGUAUUGCAACGUAAAUCAAGGAUGUAAUUUUUAUUCCGUCAGCAUUGCUGGAGUUAUAUGGUGUAUAGUUGUAUCUUUAUACAUGCACUGUAAAAGUAGGUCUGUACGAUAGUUUUAUACAAUCGAUAAUAGCAGUUGUAACGCAUCUGGAAUUUUCUAUACAACCAAUGAUAUUUAGUACCCCAUAAUAUAUAUAAGAAAACAUUGACCAUGUUUGGUGUAUGUGUUAAUAUGUCAAUUUAAAUAUUAUACAAUGAUUUAAGUUGGUCAAUAAUCCGAAUGCUUUAUAGGCAUUUAUAUAUAUUCUGACCAAUUGAUAUACAUGUAUUGUUUCACCCUCAUCUUACAAUCUUAACUACCGCAUAUUAGAACUCGUUUUUUACUCAUACCGUAACAUAGUACACGUAGACAUCACCUGUACCUGUGUAUGGCUAGAAACAUAGUACACGUAGACAUCAUCUGUACCUGUGUAUGGCUAGUAACAAAGUACACGGAGACAUCACCUGUACCUGUGUAUGGCUAGUCAGUAGUAACGAACAUGGAAAAAAUACGUCAUAGCGUAAUAAAUCACGUGCAUAAUAUGACGAAGAAUUUUUAUGUCUUGUUGGGUUCGGUUUUUUUUCGUCUGUAUUCAAAACAUUAUUCACGGUUUUGUAAGAAAUAUUCGAAUAAAUGUUUAAAUUGGAUCAUAUAACAAAAGCCUCUAUACUGUUGGUUGUGCAUUAUGUAAAACCAGGAUUAAGUUUAUAUUAUUAGUAUUCAUGGUUGUCUGUUGAUUGUUAGACUAAAAGUGUGAGUAUUUAUGGCUGUGUGUUGAUUGUUGAGUCAUAGUAUGUGUUAAUGUUGUUAGUAUUUUCGUUUUCAUAAACAUUUAAACUGCA